AUGGCGCCUCCAACUGUUGACCAGCUUGCCAAAAUGAUCGAUCACUCAGUAAUUGAUCCUUUCCACACCGAGCAAGACCUAGUCAAUGGAAUCGAACUGGCCAAAGAUUACCACACCGGUCAAUUUGUCACCCAGCCCUUUCGGGUGAAACAAGCCAGAAAGUUACUAGAAGGAACUGGGAUCAAUUUGCAGACCUUCAUCGGAUUUCCGCACGGAAGUGAUCAUACUGCUAUCAAGGUCCUGCAGGCAACAACUGCGUUAGAGGACGGCGCCCAAGAGCUUGACAUGGUUAUCAAUCUCUCCGCAUUGUUGAGUGGGGAUAUUGAAUACGUGGAACAAGACAUUCGGGCAGUAGUUGAAACAGCAAAGGUGGGUGAUGUCAGUUCUCUGCUUCUUUUUCAAUUUCCUACUAACAAUAUAAAGUCAUAUGGAGUUGUCGUCAAAGCUAUAGUCGAAGUCUUCUUUCUCAAUGAUGAACAGCUUACAGCAGCCGCCCUGGCUGCCGAGCGUGCAGGGGUCGGGUUUAUCAAAACAUCGACUGGAACACGACCUGAUGAGAUGCACAACGUCGAGCAUUCUGUCAAGCUUCUUCGCUCUAUCCUGAAGCCGGAGUCAGUAAUCAAAGCGUCGGGUGGAUGCUAUACUAUAGAAGCUAUCUUGGCGUAUUAUAAAGCAGGGGCUAGGCGCUUUGGGGCAUCUGAGACGGCUAAUAUCUUAGAUGCUUAUUCAUUGUUGCUCGAUGCAGGUACUACAGGAUUAGAAUAG